UUCUUAGCUCCUUCCUCUGCCCGCUCUAUUCCUGUAUCACCAGCAGCGACAGCCCCAAUACUGACUGGCAAAAGUAACACCGAUCCUGACCGAUCUUCGUCUCCAUAUCAUUUGCCACCAAAUCAGCCAACUAUGAUGACUGGCCCAGACACCACUUGGGCCCGACCCUUGAGUACCCAUCGGCCGUCCGCUGAAGACGGCGGUAUUCCACAAAGUUCGUUUCCCCAGUUAUCCUUGGGUCGGCAUAGUAUAGCGGACGAUCCCUGUGCCUCUUCUCUUCAUCUGGAAACUCAUCAGAAGCUACUUCAUCAGCGUCGUGUCUAUUACCCUCAGAAUCACCACCAGCUACGCACUUCACACUCUCAAGCAUUAUCUGAUGGCAUUCCUCAACUACGCUGGCUCUCUAACCAAGACGUAGCAGAGGCGGAGAAUUCCGAAUUGCCUUCGGACCGGCUGGAGCCGAGGUCCGACCCUUGUCUUGAUUUUCAUGCAGCAGUGAAGACCAGGUCAGGCCAACAAUUACUUCUGCCAAGCGAGAAGCACGGAGUGGUGGCGCCCUCACUGUCACAAGAUCGAGCUAACAUGGCUCGGCAUGCAAAUGUCAUGUCUCCAUCAACGCUCAGGUAA